GGUUAAGGUGGUUGAGGCGAGGAUUGAAAACUUCCACGGAGGGGCCUUCGCCGCCUGUGCGGGACUUGCCCGCAGGUAGGGCGAGGGGCAGGCGCCGCUUUGGGCUCCGCUCUGUGAGGGGGAGACCCCUGGGUCUGUUGCAGCGGCAAAGCUUUGGUUUCCAAAGGGCUUCAAUCUCGCGCUUCCUCUCACACAACAGCCCCGCGAGGUUGGGCUCACCUUGUUGUGCCAGGCAGAGAUUCAACAGGUGAAGCUUUAUGGUAUCUCCCUGUUGGGAGAAGCUGCAUCUAUCUAACACGCCCCCCCCCCCGCUUUCCUCUUUCACACAACUGUUAAAAGCAUAGAAGCGCUUAAUAGUGGAACCUUGGUUUUCGAACAUCUCUGUUGACGAAUAUUUCGGAACUCGGAAUGCCGAAAACCCGGAAGUAACUGCUUCCGUUUUCGAACGCACCUCAGAAGUCGAACUCCCAAGGCAGCUUCCUUUGUGAUGCUGCUUUGAAAGGCGCAAGAGGCCCCACCAGAAGGAGGAAAAAGCAGUGUUUACUCACUGUGAAGAUGCCUGGCACAAUUCUUGGAGUUGGGCCAGGAGUAUUUAUCUUAGCGCUGCUCUGGGUACUGACCUUGCUGCUCUGCGUGUUGUUAUCCAGAGCUUCUGGACCCGCUAGGUUCUCUGUCAUUGUGGUUUUCUUAGCUGCUGUGAUCAUCACGUUGGUUCUGUUGCUUUUCCCUCGUGCCAGCGAGUUGCCUGCACCGGCUGCAGAAAUUAAGAUUGUCGACACCUUCUUUAUCGGCCGCUUCGUCCUGCUGUCCCUUCUCUGUGUGGUUUUCAUUGGGUGCCUCUUCAUGGUUUUGGUUCACUAUGUACUGCAACCAGUGUAUGCCAAGCCCUUGAGAACAGCUUCUGUUUGCAAAGGAGUAUAGGUUGGCUGUAUUGAUUCUGAUCCAUGUCAACUAUAGUAUUAGUAGCUGCUCUUUAGCUAGGACAACUUAUUAAAUAAAGAGACAUUUUUUCACAUUAAGUUCCAAUUUGACUUUUAACCAGUUUCUGUUUCCCUCUAUGCUGUAGUCAAAGAAACUAUGCCUGUGUAUUUCUUUGUGGUAACUUCUGUAUUUAGUGGUUUUAAUUUAAUGGAUCCCCAAGGGCUUAUUUAUUGUCUCCCCCCUCCUUCCUGACACAGGUGAGAGAUGCUAAUGAGUCCCUCUGAGAAGUGGCUGGGCUGAGUUGUUCCAGGAGGACAAAAAGGAAACAGAUCAUUUUUCUUAGUCACCAAAUUAUUGUUGUCCACCCCUUAAAAAAAAAAA